AUGGUUGCAGCAAUAGACGCGCUCCAAUAUGAGAAAAAGCCGGCCCAUUACCCGAAUCCCUAUGAAGCCCCACCGCUUCCAAAGCGUGCUGCUGGCAUUGUUCCAGCUGCCGAAUCGAAAAAAAUGCCGCCAAUGCUGGCUGGAGAGUCCGAAGAACAGAAAAUUCGCCGAAUUCUGGCCCAUCACGACAUGAUGGAGCAAGCUGGACAACGAGUUCCCGUGGCAAAUACACAGGCACCGCGAGCGCAACCUACUCAGGGCCGCGUAAUGUACCGGAUUGUCAAGAACGUCGCUGCUGCGCCGCCAUGCCCUUCUGUUCGUUCGACGAUGAAUAUACACGCGCCCCCGGCUCGUCCAGUGCUCCCAAUGCCGCGAGAGGAGAUGGUUGUGCCCGUGAUUCGAAAGUGUCGCGCACCGUUAGGCCGUCAACCUUCGAACAAAGGGCUGAAGACAUUUUCGGCGAAAGUCCGUGACAAGGUGCGCGUCAAGGGAACGACCACGUAUACUCAGGUAGCCGACGAGCUAGUCGAUGAGUACUUCAACUCCUUGGCCGCUAUUAGGAACGACAAAAUCGCGCAGGACACGAAGAACAUCCGGCGGCGCGUCUACGAUGCGCUGAAUGUCUUCAUCGCUCUGAAGAUGAUACGGCGAGACAAGAAGCAAAUACACUGGUCCGACUCGCCGUUCAAACGAGAAUCGCCCCCGCCUCCGUCGGAUAUUACAGAUCUAGAGGCGAAGAUUCGAUUCAAGACAAAUCGCAUACGUCACCUGGUGGGCGAGAUUGUCGGCCGGCGGAAUUUGUGCAUCGAAAAUCAGGUAUUUGGCGACUCGGAAGACCGGCGGAACCCGGAACACAUAAACGAUGGAGCGUUUGUAAUCUUCUCGACGCCACGAGGUACAAAAACUUCCUACACGAUGUCUUCACCAGCGCAAGUGGUCGUGGAAUUCGGGAAGACCCCAACGGUACUCAGCGAUAUCCACAUGCUGCAGACGAUGGGCCACGACAUGGGCAUUAUGCAGCACGGGAUACGACCCGCAGACUUGGACCUGGUGAAGAAAAUGGUACCCCGAGAUACGCACGCCGCGCUGCCGCACAUCAUCCGUCCUGCGCCGCCAGAUGAAAAUAAACCUCAGAAAAUCGAAGAA